AUGGAACCGAGAAACGGUACACAAAUUUCAGAGUUUUACCUUCUGGGAUAUUCAAAGGAACCAGAGCUGCAGCCCCUCACAUUUGGGCUUUUCCUCUCCAUGUACCUGAUCACUGUCUUUGGAAAUCUGCUCAUCAUCCUGGUUGUUGGCUCUGACUCCCACCUCCACACCCCCAUGUACUUCUUCCUGGCCAACCUGUCCUUUGUAGACAUCUGCUUCACCUCCACCACCGUCCCGAAGAUGCUCUGGAACAUCCAGACCCAGACCAAAGUCAUAACCUAUGAGGACUGCAUCACCCAGAUUUAUUUUUUCAUACUCUUUGCUGUGAUGGAUGUCUUUCUCCUGAGUGUGAUGGCCUAUGACAGGUUUGUGGCCAUCUGUCACCCCCUGCACUACACGAUCAUCAUGAACCCCCGGCUCUGUGGACUGCUGGUUCUGGUUUCCUGGAUCACGAGUGUCCUGCAUUCCUUGUUACAAACCUUAAUGGUGUUGGGGCUGUCCUUCUGUACAACCUUGGAAAUCUCCCACUUUUUCUGUGAACUCAAUCAGAUGAUCCAACUUGCCUGUUCUGAUACCUUUCUUAAUAAUUUGGUGAUGUAUUUUGCAGCUGUCCUCUUGGCUGGUGGUCCUUUUGCUGGGGUCCUUUACUCUUAUUCUAAGAUAGUUUCCUGCAUACAUGGAAUCUCAUCAGCUCGGAGCAAGUAUAAAGUGUUUUCUACCUGUGUGUCUCACCUCUUGGUUGUCUCCUUAUUUUUUUGUACGGGCCUCAGAGUGUACCUCAGCUCUGCUGCUACCCAGAGCUCCCACUCAAGUGCCACAGCCUCAGUGAUGUGCAUGGUGGUCACGCCCAUGCUGAACCCCUUCAUCUACAGCCUGAGGAACAAAGACAUAAAGAGGGCUCUGAAGAGAAUCGUUGGGGUUCCAGCAAUGUAA